UGGGAGUUGUAGUUGUCCCGGAAGCUGGGUGUCAGCGUAGCGCCGGCGGGAGCCGCUCGGAGCGGCUGAGGGAGGACGGUCCCCGCCGCGUGCCGCUCCAGGCGGCUGAGGCGGCGCCAUGAAGCGGAGAGCAGGGGAGCGGGAGAAAGAAAUGAAGAAGAAGAAGCUUCUUGAAGAGCUUGGAGAGAGCAGGCUUCCAUAUAUGACACCAGAAGAUGCUGGUUUCCAUCAGCUGUGGAAGACCAAAUAUUCCAAACUAAUUUUCAGGAAAUCAGAUACAGUACCCGAAGAGCUCCAUCAAGUGGUACAAGAAGGCUUUUUGACCUUGCGAAAACAUGAUUGUUUCUUUCAAGAUCUUGUAAGGAUCAAAGGAAAAGAUUUUGUCACCCCAGUGUCUCGUAUAUUAAUUGGAAACCCGGGAUGCACUUACAAGUACUUGAACACAAGAUUAUUUACAGUUCCUUGGCCUACUGAGGGUUAUGAAAUAAAAUAUUGCAGUCCUCAAAUACAUGAUGCUUGUAAAGCAUUAAUCAAACUUAAUGACUAUUUGCAUAUUGAAGCAGUCCAGGCAUUACAAAGACAAAAUUCGUCUGAGACCAAAGAAACCAAAGAUACUGUUGUAAUAGAUAGGGAGCAAAAUUUUGAUACUUCUAUUAAGGAGAAAGGAUCUGUUUUAAAAGAUCAAAGCAGUUGUUAUGUUUCAGAGGAUGACUACACAAGUCUAAAGAACAGAACAUCUUUUAACUUGACUUUAUUAAAUUAUAUGGAUCCGCUACAAAUGCUGUACUUGAAACAAGAGCCUUAUUUUGGAAUGGGGAACAUGGCAGUGAGCUGGCACCAUGACGAGAAUCUGGUUGCAAGGUCAACGGUUGCUGUGUACAGUUACAGCUGUGAAGGUUCUGCAGUGGAAGAAAGUAAUGAACAGAAUCUGAAGGGAAGAGACCCAGCUGUUUGGCAUGUAGGUUUGAAGGUAGCAUGGGACAUAGAGACGCCUGGAUUAGCAAUACCACUUCACCAAGGAGACUGCUACUUGAUGCUGGAUGAUCUCAAUAUGACACAUCAACACUGUGUUCUGGCUGGUUUUUUACCUCGAUUCAGCUCAACUCACAGAGUGGCAGAUUGUUCAAGAGGAACAUUGGAAUAUAUAUUUAGUCAAUGCGAGCUUGCACUCCAGAAUUUACAGACCGAUUCUGAUUCAAUGGCUUUAUCUUUGAAAUCUCUGGAAGCUGCUGUUGUAAAGCAGGUAGAAGAAACACAUAAUGAGGUUGAAUUUGAGUGGCUUAGGCAGUUUUGGUUUCAAGGCAAGCGCUAUUUGAAGUGCACUGAUUGGUGGCUUGAGCCUAUGGCUAGAUUGGAAGAAUUUUGGAGGAAAAUGGAGGUUAUGACAAGCCUGGCCCUCUGUGAAGUUAGAAAAGAAGAUCAAACUGUGGAACAAAGGAAUGAAACCAUCAGUGGCCUCUUGCUAGUUCUCACUGAACGACAAAAGCUACGUAAAGAGUGGACAGCAAGAUGCCAGUCACAAGCAGCAGAGAGCUUGCCAGAAGACCAGAAACCGGAAUGCCAUCCCUUCUGGAUAGAUGAUGACAGUAAUAUGCCUCUGCCAUAUGAUCUUGAAGAAGUAAUUGCUAAUCUACAAGGUCUUGCUCAGUAGGUAGCAUAAUAGGUGACCUUCCAGCCUAGAAUUAUUAAUGCUCAUCAUUUGGAAAAAAGUCUUUUAGUUAGAGUGGUCUGUAUGAUUCCUCAGUCAUGUGUUGUUUUAUGUGUCAGUGCAAAUUUGUGCUCUUACAAGCAUCCACACAGCCUCUAACCUCAGUUACUGUCUCACAAUAAAAAAGACCGGGCCCCAUACCUACAAAAGCACGUGGGUGUUAAAACUUGAAGUCCAGAACACCAGCCUAGGUUCUCCCCUCCUCCCCUGUAAUUCCCAUCAACCCUAGCACCCAUGGAUAUAUAUGUUUCCACAAGUUCCCUUGACAUCUGAAUUUCAGCUUCUGCGAGUGCCUAGAACUGCCUCUGGCUCGGCAGGUUUCAGCAACACAAGGCAUAGGCAUCCUUCGCUUGCCGCUAACGAGGAGCCGUUGGAGUGAGUUUGGAGUAAGCCUGCUGGACGUCUCCAGGGCAGAGCUGUGCGCACGGCAUAGGGACACCUUUGUUCAGUGGUAUAGACAGAGCUGGGGGAGAUUGUGGGAAAAGUCCUUGAUGCCGUGGCUCCUUGUUAGAGCAUUUGUUCAGAUGACAAACUCCUGGAGGAGUGUCCUGACAUGGAUCCUGGGGUAUCCCAAACCAGUAUUCCUUUACAUCCUGGAUAGGAUCCAUGAGUACUUGGCAGUCAUCAAAUAAAAUGUGUUCAGAGUCCUUGGGCAAGCAAGGGUCAGAAUCCACCUCUGCUCCUUCCCUAGGAGUACCUGUCUUGCAUCUGAGAAUCGUCCUCUCUCUUCCUGUGUUUUUUUGGUCAUGGUGGUUGAGUGGUAUUUUUUGUAUUUUGUAAGAAAUCUCUACUAACUAGUCUACUUAAAGGAUUUUGCAGGCCAUGAGCACAAUGCUGGCUGUACUAAGCCAGCCUCUCAUGGCACCUGUCAUCUCAAAGUGUGAAACAGUCCAAACUACUAAACUGUUCAUGUGCAAAAUGAUGUGACAGUGUGUGUGUAGGAUAUCUGACAUGUCCAGUCUGGAUGUUGGGCAAGCCAGGCUGCAGCUCAGUCUCAUCCCUGGGUAUUUUUUGCAUGGCUGUACAAUUUUAUCCAGAAUGACUGACAAUGCUAGUGCUGAUGUCUGGGUCUUAAAACCCUUUUCAAACUAGAAACUUCAUACCCAGACCCUCAAGGACACUUACCCUAGAAAGGGUGCUCUUGUGCCAGAGCAGCUUGCAGUCUGUCUUUUCCGGCACUUCUAGGAAAUUGGAGGAUGUGGAUUUGGACCUUCUCAGAAUGAGGGCAUAUAAGUCCUGUCUCCCAUUUGUGGGGUGACGCUUAACUGAUGCAUAAUCACAUCCACCUUCCUUUUAGAAGAAUGGAGUGAUCCAUCCUUUAUGUCUCACAGAGGUGAGCUAGUCCCCGAACUCCAAGAGAGAUUUCCAGUGUGAAUCUUAUCUCCUGGGAUCCCUGGAGCUCAGAAUUAGGUUCCUAAACCUUACUUGGCUCCGCCUGUCAGGAAUCCUUCCUGAGGCCAGGUCUCCCAAUGCAUUAGCUAGGGAGCUGACGGACCUAAGUGGGGGGUUUCAUUUUGGGUGUCAGGCCCCCUGGCAAGUUAGAUUUAAGCUGUGUGAUACUGGGCAUUGCAGCAUCUAUGUUGAUCUAGCCUUGAGUACAAAAUCAGAAGACUGUGAGAAAUGAAGUUGCUUGAGAUCUUUUUUGUAAUAACAUUCUAUAAAAAGAAUAAUUCUAUGCUCGACUGUACAGGGACACUACUGAAUGAGAGAGGGUUUUUUUCAUUUCGUUAAGUUGUUGUUCUAACUUCAGCUGGUAUAUGCCUUUUCCAUUGUGAUAAAAAGCAGAAGAAGAUUAUAUUAUAGUGAAAUAGCACUCAGUCUGAAUUACCAGUACAAAAAAACCUUAAGAUUCAGCACUUGAUGUUGCCACCAAGAAAUGGAAUAUGCCUCCUGUGUUAAUCUUCUGUUUAACAUCGCUGUUGAGCCUAGGCUUACUCAGAGUAUACCAGCAUACUCUGUUGGCAAAGCAUUCUGUGUGCGGAGGAGGCUUGUACUGCUGAAACUGUAUUUUUGACAGUGUAACAUAUGCCAGACCUCCCUGGAGCUAAAGAAGCUGUGCGAGCAAAAAUUCAGUUUUACUGGUAUAAAACUGUGUCCACACCUACCAGCUUUUGCCAGGACAAUUAUAUCAAGUAGAGAUUGUACCUCUUAACACCCUUGACAUAGCUACGGCAGCAAAAGGAUGAAGACCUGGAUCAAGUAUAUUCAUUAUAUUCCUGGACUUUUGCUAAAGCUGUCAACCACCCUUUGGAAUGUAAAGCUUCUUUAAAGAACAAGUUAUUAUUUAAAUUAGGUUUCAUUAUGUUGUAACCUUGAUCCCCACAAUUUAGCUGUUGUCUCUUGUGCCACAAUUUUCUUAGUAUUUUGAAAGAAUGCUAUUUUAUGGGCAUAGCUUUUCUUUUCCUGCACUACCUAAGGCUGGCUUUACCAGUGGGCAAAUGGCAUAUAUUUGGAUUAAUGCCACACUAAAUACUGUUUACUUUGGAGAUCACUUAGAGAAAAGCUAGCUGAAGAUGUGGGAAUUUGCUUUUGAAAAACGCAGUUCUCACAGAAACAGAUAUUACUUUGGAAAUGAGCAAGAUGAAUUCAAACAAGCUAAUGAUGUAACACUGUUAACAUAGGGUUUGAGGGGAUUGUUUGUUUAUGCUGUUACUUUAUGAUUAUUUUGUGUUUAAUUAGGCACUGCUAGAAACCAUAGGGAUCACAAUAUUGAAAUGAAUCUGACAGCCAUAAAGGGUAGAGAAGGCACAUCAGUGUUGUAGUUUGCAGCUGAAGUAGAAGCACAGCUAUUAAAGAAUGAUUGGCAAAAAAUUAUUUCCAGCAGUAGUGAAAAAACACCGUUUUUCUUCUCUUGUAUGAGGAGACUGGGAGCAGCAAUAAGAGAAUGUUUAAAAGUACAUGCUUGUGUAUGCUGAGGAUUUAAGCCAGUGAAUUAACUGAACUUGUACCACCAGCCUCAGUGCAGUCAGAUAGCACUCACUGAAGCCAUGGACAGCAGUGGCAUAGACUCAAGCAAAUGAAAACCUUUGGAAUGGGUAAGACCUAAGAUUCACUGGCAAAAUACCAAUAAUUGACUGGUUAAAGAGGAUUAAUGCUCUGUGUUGCCUUCCAGUCUCACAUCAUCUAAAUCAGUGUAAUUUGAUUGAAUUCAGGGGGAAAACAGCAGCGUAAGGUUUCAUUUCUCCAAAGCCCACAAGAGCUGAUGGCAAAGGCAUUAGUAAGGUUGAUGCAACUGUUUGAAAAUGUAGUACCAAAGGUACCCCAAGAGAAGAACAGCCUUACAGGUAAAUAUCUAUAAAAGAAAACUGAGUGGUCAAGUGUAAUUAUUGCUAUGUUUGAGGUAUUUACUAGAAACAGACAAAUACUUCAAAGUUUUCUUUAUUUCAUUUGAAUAAUUGUAAUUUAGCUCAUGUUGCAAAGAUCCCUUAGCAAUCCACUCAUAUUCCAGCAUUGAAUACACACUGCCAUUCUGGAUGAGCUAAAAAACAUUCCUAACACAGCCUCUAAUGGAUGCUCUAUGUAUAGCAACUGUUUGCCGAGUCUGGAUACUCUAGAUGCCUGAGGACCAAGGUCAGGUUGUUUCAGCGGAGAGGGGGAAGCACAAAUUAACUUCUAAUGUUAGAUUCGGUGAUUCUUUUCAAAUGGUGAAGUUCACGACUUUGCUUACAUUUACUUUUCAUCAGCCAUGAAAGAAUUAAGGUAAAAUAGUUCACUUGCACGUGUGUGUCAGGCUAAAUGGAUUAUAGAAGAUACAGAUCUGUUUGCCUGUCUGCACUUGCCUUUAGACAAUAUUCAUCAAUUUUACAAAAGCUACUGACUAAACAUGGAACCAAUACAAAUGAAAUGCUCAAGGCAGGGGCUUUCUUUAAAAAAUCUGAUACAGAGUUGGUUUACACUGAUAGAAGGAAAAUGUUGGCAAAAAAUGAAAACCUUUUAUUGUUUCUGUAGUUUGGGGGAUGAAAGGUAAAGGCCAUUUUUAAGUAUUUGAUAGAAAACUGCUGUGUUAUGCCUUGUAAAUUAGAAAUGUUUUCAUAAUGCUUUAUUCAUAUCUCUGCAUAUGAAAAUAUUUUAUCAUGUAGGUUCUUUCUUGUUGUUAAAAGGUUAAGUAAAUAUAAAAUAUUAAUCCCAGUACAGUAGAUUUUAAAGGCACCAUUUUUAUGCUCUGAGCUUUACGAAAGAGUCUUAUUAUCUAAAGUGUAAAAAAGAAUGCCGUGAGUAAUUACCUACUGGAAAAUGUCCAGGAUGAGUAACAUGCAGCGUAAUAGAUAUCCAACUCAGUUAUCUUAUCAUCCAGAAAUAGUUUUUAGUUUCACUGGUAAUGAAGUGAUUUACUUAACAAGAUGUCCUUUCAAAUCACGCUAGACUUCUUAAUGCUGCAGGACAGAUUCAGGGGUUCCAGUGCCACCACAACAGCAAAAAAGGAACAAAAAAAUAUCAAAAUCCAUCACAAAAUGUAGCUGAAAGAUUCUGGCAUGUUAACAGUGGGCAUUGCUCAUAUCGCAGUUAGUGCAGUGCUGUCCCAUUGUCCCAAAUUCCAGUGCCUCACACAGGUUUAAUGUAACAGAGAUGGAACUAGCCCAGAAGCUGAUGUCUAAGGUGGGAUGAGAGGAGGGGAGGAGACACAAGAUGCAAGGGAUGUGGUUUCUCAAGGCCACAACUUUAUUAACUUAAGUCAUAUGGGAAUCAUCGAGCAGUAACUUGUACAGUGCAGGUCAUACCCUCUGUCUUAAUUGUUACCACCUGGUGCAAAGUUAAUGUUAGCUCCUUAACCCUCCUUUUCACCCCCGACAGCUGGUCCCCAGCUUUUUGUUGGGAGCUGACCACUGUCGUCUUGUGCCAAGGUUAAGGCAUCGGGAAAAGCCGUUGUUCCACUGCAGCAACAGGCAUGAGAAAGCCCAGUCCCCGUUUCCCGCCUCCUCCCUCCACCUCUGUCCUCCCAGACUUCGGUGGACCGGGUACCUCCACUCAACAUCUGUUUCGUGUUGAGGUUCAAGUUGUUGCGGCUCAUCUUUUGAACUAUCCCACCAGGCCUGUGAGCUGCUAUGGAAAAGGUUCAGACAAACAGACAAAACACCCUGUUCACAGUGAGAUUCCUUGUCCCAACCAGGACAGCCAGCGCGCUCCCCACAGCAGGCUGCAGAGCUCAGCCCUGCACUCCUCGAGCUGUUAGCCAGGUAGUGGGAAAACCCUCAGGCAGAAAGGUUGAUGUUCGAUGUCUCUGAGGCCUCCCAACCUGCUCUAUUUUGGCUGUGACUGUGCCCCAAGAGUGAGAGCGGAGGCAAUCUGUUCUCUUCUCUUUCCAGUCCAAACUGAGAGUCAUCCCAUUUUUCUGGGCUUGCAUCUUAAUUUACAUUCAUCUUUCCUUUUCACAUUAAAUUGGGGUAUUCAUGAAAUAAGGGAAGAUAAUUUAUACAUUUGUAAAAACACUGUGCUUACUGAGGUGGCACAAUUGGCCAAAUAGUAUGUCAAAUGGAAGACAACAAAUAAUUGAUAAACUGAUUACGUUAAAAUGCUGAUGUUGUGUGUGAGCACUUCACACACAUGAAGACUUGCCUAAACAUCUAUGGUUUCCUUCUCGCGCUCAUAAUUCACAUUGUAGAAAAAGACAUACUAUUCUACAGUUUAUAUCCUCUAAUACCCACUGGUUUUACAGUGCUUGUCCAUGAUGAAUCAGAAUUUGGUCACAAAUGUUGCUCUCCUCCCCCUCUGUAUCUUCAAAUACUUGCUUUCAUGCCAACACAUCUUGGUCUGAUUAGUCCCCUUGAUUAGAGGCUAAAGUAGAAAGUCAGGUGUAUAGGAUUCCCAUUAUCCUUUAUUUCAGUGGUUCUAAGAACAGGUCAGAUAGAGUUAUUUCAGUGAAAAUGUGAACAAUCAACUUCUGUUUACCAUUAACCUUCAGUUUUCUUUUCUUAAAGUCAAAUCAGGGUUUAGUAAGCAGUUAUUUUCAUACUCGUCCCUUGAUCAGUGGAACAAUCUGUCAGAAGCCAUUAAAGCCUCUAUUAGGUUGAAUUGCAUUCAAAGCUAAACUAUCCAAUCAUUUAAAGAGCAGUGAUGAUUGUUUUUAAUAUAGUGUACAUUUAUUUUUCUCUCUGAGUAGUAAGAUAAUUUUGAAACUAAGCAUGUAUGACUAGGGCUUUUUUUACUAUCCAGCAAGUCCUGAGAAGCUUGAUUUCAUGUGGAAGGUAAAUGUCUACAUGAAAAAAUAAAUGCAGUGAAAUCCUCUGUAUAUUUUCAGAAGUUUUUUCUCAGAUUUUUCCAAUUUCAUUGUAUCCAUCAAGCUGUAGUGUAUAUGAAAUGGGAAGAAAUUUUCCAAGGUCCUUUCCUUGAAAAUUCUACUAAAAAUUUACCAACUAGUUCUGCUGAUAUUUUAAAGUGGCUUUUUAUCUUCAGAUCUUAGGAUGCUUUACACAGAGAAACUGAGGCAGAGGGCAAAAGUGCAGCUGGGCACUGAAUGCUAACUCUGCAGCAGAGCAAAUGUAAGGCUCUGUCGCUGCUCUGUCUCAGUUACUUCCAGUUAAUCAGCUCAGUUUACAGAUUGAAGUUGCUCUUGUAGAACUUUUUUUUUCUCCAAAAAUAGAUUGGGAUCUGAACAUGAAACUGGAAUCUAUUCUCCUCAUAUAAUGCAUAAUAUAUAAAAUACAACACAGAAUUAUAUAGUAUACAAUUGAUACGUUUUAGUUUUAUGACAAUAUACAGCAUUUUAAUACAAUUUUAUUAUACACAAUUAUUAUAUAAUAAUAUAAUGAGAUCUUAGAGAUCUUUCAGGCCUUCUAAUGUUUGAUUAAACUUUGCAGUGAAUGUUUUAGCCACAUUCCAAGUCCCCGUGCCCUCAAUGGGCAAAGGUAAAUUUUAUUGGAACUGUUAAAUUAUUCCAUGGAGAAUAUGCAGAAAAGAAUAUACACACGCUUUUAGCUGUGUUUUAAAUAUGUUCACUGGACAGUACUACAAGGUCAUGUAACUGCUGUACUAGGAAACUCUUAAGAAAAUACCCUGUGGGUAUUUGGAUGCUAUUUAUCAAGGUGAAGAUAUAUUGCUGGCACACACUGGACUGUUUGUUGUGCACCUGUUAGCACUUUUUGUCUCGUACUUAUUUUGUGGUCUGGUAGUACUUUACUGCGAGAACUACUUCUCUAGUUAUUUUGGUGAACAUCCUAAUAAUUUAUUACCCAAACAUUAUCAAAGCAUUCCACAAUUCUUUCAUUGCUGUUCUCUCCCUUCUGUCCACUGAUGCCCUUUCUUUCCCAUUUGUGCCAUUAUUAGCAGUAAUUUUAGUAACAAGUUGUUUUCUCUGUUAGGCUGACAUGACUUCAAAGCAAGAAAACCUAAAAACUAUGUAUCAGAUAGCAUGCUUGCAAGUACAUUUAUUUUCCAGCCAAUUUAAUAGGACUUUUUUGCUACUUGCUUGCUUGCUACUGCUACUUGUGAUUUUUAAUAAGGACUAUUUAUAUAGCACUGUGAGAUGCACUGUGAUAUUUAAGUUUAUGUAUUAUGCAUUUGUUAAUUUGCUCACAUUUAUAAAAUAAACCACUUAAAGAAUCUA